AUGCAGAGUCUCACGCCUCAGCAGACUCGAGGGCUGCUGGCACCUGAGAGGACCUCAAUGCUGCUGCCCCAGGACAGCAGGACCUGGGACAAGCCACCUCCUCCCACCUUCAGCAAGGACUGGGAGGCUGUGGAAGUUGGGGCCUCCAGCUAUGACAGUGAUGAGAAAGACCUGUCUUCUCAGGAGACUGGGCUUACCCAGGAGUGGAGCUCAGUGGAGGAAGAUGACGAGUCAGAGGACUCCCAGGGCUUUGCAGAGUGGUCAAAAGCUCCACAACAAACAACCAUAGUCUUGGUAGUGUGUGUGCUUUUUUUGUUUCUAGUUUUAACAGGAAUGCCUGUUAUGUUUCUUAUUUAA